UUCACUGAGCUCCGGCCCAGAGUUCUGAUGGGAUCAUGUCAUUCUUCAAGCUCCAGGGGUCGGCAGUGCAGGGGUUGCCGGGGUCUGGAAGCGAGAAACGUGCCCCACAUCCAAGGCUGACCCGACGGAAGGCGUUUGACCGAAUAUCCGAGUUUAUUUGCGGCCUGCCCGCUGAGGACAUUUGAACUUCUUAUCGCCUUACCUUACCUUGCCUUAUCAAUCCAAGAGAUCUUCACAUGGCGCCUCCAACAGGGAAGCGCGUGAAAGGCGUGCAGAUAUUCCGGCCCUUCGUCUACGGCACCACGGCGCGCCCCUUCGACGAAAAGACGAACCCGAAACCCCCCGGCAUCCCCGACGACCACACCCAUUCCUGGACCGUCUUCGUCAAGGGCAUCGACGAUGUCGACAUCACCUACUGGCUGCGCCGCGUGCAAUUCAAGCUGCACGAAUCCAUCCCCAACCAUGUCCGAAUGAUCGAAGGCGAGAAGGGCAAGCCCUUCCAGAUCCACGAAACCGGGUGGGGCGAGUUCGAGAUCGCCAUCAAACUGUACUACGUGCCCGAGUCCGCCGAGAAGCCCCAGACGCUCUAUCACCACCUACGACUGCACCCAUACGGGCGCACCGAGGAAGAAAAGGAAAGCAUGCGGCUGAACGGGGGCCAAGUGAUCUCGUGGGCGUACGAGGAGCAGAUCUUCAAUGAGCCAUACGAGCCCUUCUACGAGAUCCUCACGUCGGGCGCGAUGCCGCCUUCGUCGACGUCUGCCGCCUCCUCAAGAUCGGGGUUAAAGGGGGGGAAGGGGAAGGACAAGGAGCAGGGGAAGCAAGUGGCUCGGUCAGAGGGUGGCGUACUAGAUCGGAGCGCAAUGAUUCCCCUGACCAACCGGCCCGGGCAGCCCUUCAGUCGGGAGACGGAGCAGCUGGAGAUCAAGAAGUUGAAGGAGGCGCUGGUGAAGGUGGAGGAGCUUACGCAGAAGACGAAGGACGAGGUACAGAAGAAGGAGCAGAGGUUGAAGGAGCUCAAGGCUGAGGCGGCGAACGGGUAGGGGUGCGGGUGAGUGUCUGGAAAGAGGGGCUGUGUUCUGUUUGGCGUGUCGGAUUUUCGUCCAUUACAUACCAUAUGCGGCGGCAAAACUACAGAGCUACCUAUGGCGAUACUAAUCAACGGGCAAGGCAGGUGUUCGAGGAGUUAGGGCUGGAGGCAUGGUUGGGCUCGGGAGGGGGUUUAGGCUUAUCGGCGCAAAAGAGCGUCGUGAAGCCUCGACUGCUGAAAUCAGGGGCAGAGACCGCAAGCUAGGCAGCUACU